AUGGAGGAAAUCAAAAGUACAAUCGGGAGGUGGGACCGGAUCAGAAGCCACGAAAACGAAAGGGGUGGCGGUGGAAGUGCUCGUACUCACAAAAAUUAUAAGGGCCGGGCAAGUGGGAGUGACCAGCGUCAGGGAGGUAAUAAGGAGCACCAGGACGGGGGUCAACGAGAGAAGAAAUACCCGGACAAGAGACGAAAGGGGUAUCUGCCUCCUGAGGAGUACAACAAGCUGACAGUGGAAGAGAAGAUUGCUCUCCGGGCUAAACGUGAGGCGGCAGCCGAGGGAGGACAAGAGAAGAAAGGAGAAUAA